UCACAUAUGUAUGUACGCGGAGAGCGCGCGCUUCGUUUUUAUCCGUGAAAUCGUCCAAGUCUGCGCGGCCUAAGAAAAAACGAGAAAAAACGAGCGAGGGAAACACAGUCAUGUUAAUCGGGAAAUAGUCGCGGGAGCGACUUCGUUAAUUCGACGCGUAAAUGUGAUAAAGUCCGACUGCCGUCGGCGGGCCAAUUUAGCAAUCGCACUUGGCAUUUCACUUGUUACAAAAGGUAACCGCAAUCACGACGGGCGGAACGCACUUCAGGGGGUUGACGUUCAGGAGGCGCGCAGUGCUAGUCCGCCGCAAUCCGCAAAAAAACACGUAAACGGGACGAAACCCGUCGUUAUCAUCAUCGUUAUCGUUCGUCCGUGUGUAGCAGCCGCGCAUUCACCGCCAGGGUGGCAAAUGGUGGCAAACGCACGCACGUAUAUAUAGCGCGACGAACGCGGGUGACAACGCGCGAAUAACAGCGGUAACAGCGGCAGUCGCAAAGAAGCAAAUCGGUUCCUGCGUCGUCGUUGAUCGCGGCCCGAGUGCGACCUCGCGAUCGAACGAGGACCUGUCCGAAAUCGAAGAGGGAAGCCUCGAGGUAUUCAUCGCUCGUACGGAGCAGCAGAUUAGUUGAGAAUUUAUUUGUCGAUUGGUUACGAAGAUAUGCGAUAUUAAAAAGUACAAAAUUGAAAUAUUAUCUACAAAUCGACCGAUUGAAAGGACGUUGGAGGUGAUUCCGAGCCACCCAGUACAGUUUGCGCGUCGUGCGACAGGUCGGGCGGUGAUCGAGGGUUGUGAGGAGGGUUCGGAGAGUGAUCGUCCCGCACUCUCGCCCCCUCGUCGUCUCUCCUUACUCUCCACGCGCGCAAGGGACCCCGAGCGCCGGGGGUUUACGUCGCCGGGACGGCAGAUGUCAGGAUGCCGGAGCAGAGCAACGACUAUCGCGUGGUCGUGUUCGGGGCGGGCGGCGUUGGCAAGAGUUCCCUCGUGUUGCGCUUCGUGAAAGGAUCUUUCCGUGAGUCCUACAUACCGACCAUCGAGGAUACUUAUAGACAGGUGAUAAGUUGCGACAAAAACAUAUGCACACUUCAAAUUACGGACACAACGGGGUCCCAUCAGUUUCCCGCUAUGCAGCGACUCUCCAUAAGCAAGGGUCACGCCUUCAUCUUGGUGUACUCGGUCUGCUCACGGCAAAGUCUCGAGGAGCUACGACCGAUCUGGGCCGUGAUAAGGGAGCUCAAGGGCCAGGAUAUUUCGCAGAUACCCAUUAUGUUGGUCGGGAAUAAAUGCGAUGAGAGCCCGUCGGUCCGCGAGGUGUCGAUGAGCGAGGGCGCGGCCGAGGCGGCUAAUUGGGGCUGCGGCUUUCUGGAGACCUCGGCCAAGACGAACCACAAUGUGGACGCUCUGUUCCGGGACCUGCUCACCCUCGAGAAGAACCGCUCGGUGUCGUUACAGCCGGUGCAGAGCAACAACGCGAUAAGACUCAAGGAGAAGUGUGCCGUGAUGUAAAGUCCGCCAGCGGAUUACCGCACCGCGAUCGACGACACCGUGCGAUAACCAUACCGGCGCGAUUAUCGGCGAAGCUCGCGUUUCCGGUAUAUACCAUUCCCUUGGCUCGGUUAUUCUUCGAGAUAAGGGCCUCGCCGAUUCACUAAUAAUCCUAAACUAGUUUCGCCAACGACGGACGACUUAUGCGCGACUUGAAUCCUCAUAACUUUCGCCUGUCGAGACGUUUAACGUGUUAAAGUUUACCGUACAACGUGUCGUAUUUGUUACGUUUGUUUAAAUACGCGAUACUAGGAGCGAAAAUAUCUCUGAGACUUCGAGAAUUGUAGAAAUAAUUUUCUAAGAUUCUUAAGAAAGGUUUAGAAUUUUAGAUUCCAAAUAAUUGGGUAACUUUAACGGGUUAAUUCGUCUGACGUGAGGAAGAUGAGUAUUUUUUUAUUCGACGAACAAAAGGAUUAUUCGAACUCGUAUGUGCGUUGCUCGUCGAUGGUGAAACCUUUAUACCUUGAUACUUUACGCAGUAGACCGCUCGACCGCGUAUGAUUUCUCUGUGCUCGAUAAUGAUAAAUUACUCGAGUUUCCGCUCUUGUUUUUCUUGACUCUGCCGUGGGAUCGUCUGCGGUAAUCUCGAUCUGCGAUGUGCGUUGGCAAAAGCGACGAUAUCGUUUUCAUCGAGAAUAGUUGCGUGUUUCUCAGCUGCUGACACGGAAAGCCUGGUGUUAAUUGUAAUAAUUUCAAACACUGUAAAUCGAUCAUUGCAGUGUAUCAUCGUAAGUAAAUAAGACGUAAUAUUGAAAUUCUGAUAUUUUACAGGAACAGAAUUAAUUUUUAUAGAAAAGAUUUACUUCGUGUAAAUUGCGAAAAGAAUUCAACUACUUAUGUACCGCAAUGACGUAUUUUUUAAGAAACUUUUCAUAAACGUUAUAUUUUUUUAUUCUAAAUAUUUAAUUAAUAUUUCUUACAGAUAAAUAAGUGUAUGUGAGAUUGCCUCAGUAAUAACAAUAGCAACGAUAAUAUAAAAGAAGUCAUAAUUGAUAAUUAAUUCUUCGAAGUGUAGAUAGCUCGAAUUAUCGCGAUUGUUAUUAAUCGCUUCUUGUUAUAAUUAACUUCAAGCUCUCUAAUAAUAGCGGCGGAUAAUUAGUAAUUUCAAUAAUCUCUCGUUUGUACGUAGCGCCGAAAAGACCCCGACGGUUAGCAUCGUGUUACAAACACUCGCGAAGCUAAUCUCGAGCUUAGCCGAGCCGAUUAUCAGUAUAAUCGCAGGCAAGAUUGUUGCUCUCUGUUCUCAGUUUUCGCUCGAGCACAUCGUGAUUGCCAAGAUCGUUUCUUUUGCACACGCGACAAACAAUGAAUUAUCAUGGGAGAUCAAGGAAUAUAAAGUGCACAUAUUUGUUUGCGGAUUUUAUCGCUCGAAUAUUCUCCGGCAGAUUGCUUGCAAUCGAGACGGUCUACGACAAAGGGCAGCUGUAUAGCGCGCUCUUUCUGAAGAUUGACUUAUUGGAUCCAUUAUGUAAAAUAUAUGUCAACACAAUCAGUUAUACUGAAUGUGAAAAGCGUUGAGAAUAUACGGUUUCAAUACAUAAUACUUAUUCGAAAAAUGUUAGAUGUAUAAUAAAUUCAGGAAAAUACUUUUUUUUUUCUCGAAUAAGGUUUUGAAGAAUA